GAACCUGACAAGUCUUAUAACUCUUUACAUCACAUACAAUGAUAUUCGGAAAAUUGAAACUGGUGCGUUCUCUGAUUUGCCUUCGUUAGAAACCUUUAAUCCAAGAUACAAUGAUUUUGGAGUAUUCCCAAAACAGAUGUUCAAAAACCUGGCAAAUCUUAAAACCAUCGAUAUGUCUUACAAUGAUGUAUUGGAAAUUGAGUCUGAGGCAUUCUCUAACAUCCCUUCACUGGGAAGUUUAGUUUUGAUGUACAACGAUUUUGAAAUUUUCCCAACUGAUAUGUUCAAAAACCUCACAAGUCUCAAAAUUCUUGACAUCUCUUACAAUGACAUUCUAAAAAUUGAGCCUGGUGCAUUUUCUGGCAUGCCUUCAUUGGAAAGACUGAAAUUACAGUAUAAUGAUUUCACAAUAAUGAAAUGUGGGAUGUUCAGUGGAUUUUCAACUCUCUCAUAUUUUGACUUCAAUUACAAUCAUAUAUUAAAAAUUGAGUCUGGUUUAUGCCCUGGUUCAGAAACAUUUGGAAAGCUAUCAUGGAGGUAUAACAAUUUCAUUGUCGAUAGAACACCAUUGUCCUUUGCAUUGUACUACACAUUGAUCAAUUCUCCUGCGCCGACUACUCCACCAUCUUUCAAUGACACUACACCAGAUGAUGGGCUAGCAGUAAUUGAGUUUGGGGAAAUAAUACAAGAUGCAGUUUCUAUAGGAAGAGAUCUUCACAGAUAUGAGGUCGCGCUGGAAGAAGGAUUGGCCAGUAGUGAUGAUCUGAAGAAACUGCUCGAGAUCUCAAGAGCAAAUGUGGAAUAUGUACAGAAAAAGGUUGACUACAAACCUAAUUCAUGGAAUAACAAUACAGAUUCCAUCAAAAAGUUCAAGGAAGACUUCUUGAACCAAAUCAGAAAUAUCCUCAUCUACUCAGCGGGUGCCUCGUCGAAAGCAAAAUUACAAGCAGCCAUGUCCAUUUUUAGAGCGAAACGCUUGGAUUUGAAUCGAUUCAUACAACGUUAUAGUCCCACGACAACAACACUAUCUGUGAUUUCAGAAGAGCGUAAAUGUCCCGUGUGUUUGAAGAAACCUCCACGUGACAUAAAUUGCGUUGUCUGUAAAGCUGAAAAUGCAUUUAAAGUCUUGGUACCUUCGAAACGUAAGUUGAUGGUUUUGUUGGAUAUAAGACCAGAAUCUGGUCCAAAAAGGAUAGACAAACGUAUCGACUACAGUUUGGAUCAAGGCUGUGAUUGCAAUGUAAUAUCGUCUGCAGGCCCAAGUGACAAACUUCUAAUCCUCACAAGUUCGAAGAUGCCUAAGGAAAGUCUAACAAACAUAUUUCUAGACGACCAGGUGACACUCAUCAGAAUUGACCCUAAAGCAAAUUGGCCAUGGGCAAUAGUAAAGGCUAUCAAAAAGAAGAAAUGUCGUGGAUGAAAGAACAAAGGUCUAUAUACAUGACACUGUGUGAUGUUUUGCUAUUUGUAUUAAUUGAGAGUUUAUUUAUGUCUACAAGCUCGGAACGUGUACAUGUAUUACUUUCCGAUUCCUGCUUGGUUAACAAUCGUUAUAAAUACAUGUAUGCACACGUAUAUAUCCAAGAGAGGGCUUUCCUUUAGUUUUAUUUCCAUUUCUGUAUGCAAUAGUCUAGCUCCAAGACUCUGUGACCCCCCACUAAACUAAACACCUUCUCACGCAGAGAGGGGUGUGUUAAGGGGGGGGGGUCACAGGGGCUUGUAGCUAGACUAUGUAUG